ACACGGCAACAUGUGUCAUUGUUUCAUCUUGUCCUAUUAUAUGAAGCAAUUACCAAGAUGAUAAGAUAAUGAGUGAUUCAGGUGUCCCAAUCGUUGCUCACCACAAAAAAUUGCAGGAUCCAAAUAUUAGGAAAGUAAUUAGUAUUUAGUAAUAGCAGCCUGCUUUAUGGGGAAGUGAAGGUACUCAUAUAUAUAUAUAAUUAACAUGAGCUAGCUAAGCUUCUAAGUUCUAGCUAUAGUUAUUUAGUUGUGUAAGUGAAAGUGUAUGUGUUGAACAUUAUGAAGAAAAUAGAAGUGGUGUUUAUCCCUUCUCCAGGUGUAGGACAUCUAAUCUCCACCCUUGAAUUUGCCAACCUUCUCAUCAACCGUAAUAACCGUCUCAAUAUAACUGUCUUAGUCAUCAAUUUCCCAAAAACCGUUGAAAAACAAACUAAUUAUUCACUUACCGAAUCAGAAAACCUCCACGUCAUCAACCUUCCUCAAACUACUACCCAUGUUCCCUCCACCUCUGAUGUAGGUAAUUCCAUAAGUGCUCUCGUUGAAACACAAAAAUCCAACGUUAAACAAGCUGUUUCCAACCUCACUGGAACACUCGCUGCUUUCGUUGUUGACAUGUUCUGUACCACAAUGAUUGAUGUUGCCAACGAGUUAGGUGUCCCUUCUCUUGUCUUCUUCACUUCGGGUGUUGCUUUCCUUGGUUUGAUGCUUCAUCUUCACACCAUUUGGGAACAGCAAGACACUGAGUUGCUGUUGCAGCAAGAUGAGUUGGAUAUACCGAGUUUCGCUAACCCGGUUGCUACAAACACGUUGCCCACUUUAGUGCUCCGUAAGGAAUGGGAAUCGUCUUUCAUCAAAUAUGGUAAUGGCCUUAAGAAAGCCAGUGGCAUUAUAGUAAAUUCGUUUCAUGAGCUAGAGCCUCACGCUGUUCGUUCAUUUUUAGAAGAUCCUACCCUACGUGAUUUACCCAUAUAUCCUGUGGGACCCAUAUUAAACCCCAAGUCAAAUGUUGACUCUGAUGACGUCAUUAAGUGGCUCGAUGAUCAACCUCCUUCUUCGGUAGUUUUCCUCUGCUUUGGGAGCAUGGGUACUUUCGAUGAGGAACAAGUUAGAGAGAUCGCGCUUGCUAUUGAGAGAAGUGGGGUCCGCUUCUUGUGGUCCCUACGUAAACCCCAACCGCAGGGAACUAUGGUUCCGCCCUCUGAUUAUACUCUUUCUCAAAUGCUUGAGGUUUUACCUGAAGGGUUCUUAGAUCGAACGGCUAAUAUUGGAAGGGUUAUUGGGUGGGCCCCUCAAGUUCAAGUACUAGCACAUCAAGCCACAGGAGGAUUCGUUUCACAUUGUGGUUGGAAUUCAACGUUGGAAAGUAUAUAUUAUGGUGUGCCUAUUGCCACGUGGCCACUAUUUGCUGAACAACAGACCAAUGCUUUUGAGCUUGUACGUGAGUUGAAGAUAGCCGUCGAGAUCGCAUUGGAUUAUAGAUUGGAGUUUGAUAUCGGACGUAACUAUCUUUUAGAUGCUGACAAGAUCGAGAGGGGAAUAAGGGGUGUAUUGGAUAAAGAUGGAGAGGUACGAAAGAAAGUGAAAGAGAUGUCUCAAAAGAGUAGGAAUGUAUUGUUAGAAGGUGGAUCUUCCUACACUUACUUAGGUCAAUUGAUUGAUUAUAUUACAAAUCAAGUUUGAAAUUAUGCUACUAACCACAUACAAAAUGGUUGGAGGGUAUGUAUUAGUUGAAUUACUACAUAGAUCAAUCCAAUGUGAAAUAAUACAAUUCUUGUUUGUAUCCUACAACUUGAUAUUAUAGGCAAUAUGCAUUUAGUAAUCUUUUAAGUUACACGAAA